UCCAAGCUAUUUUUUAUCCGCUUAAAGAGCGAACAGGCUCUAUCAUCAUGGGCUUCAGGGGCGACUUUAAUGCCCAUGCGUGACUGUUAAUUUGCCAAAGUGCACAGCGGAGUUGUUCCCUGUGCCUCCAUUAGAUAAAUUAUGUGAAGUUAUCAGUACCCUGGAGAAAAGAGCGCAGCAACUUUACCAAGACGCAACUGCUGGUCUCUCUGCAGCUCGCUUCCAAAACACAGCAGAGCUGUCACCGCGUCGCUGCAAGAGCAUGGCACUGGCCUGGCUCCAGUCUUACCUGCCCUGCACUGUCCCAGCCUGCAACACACAUCAGCACACUCCCAGUGCGUCUUGCUGAACCGGGCCUGGGUGCAGAGCCAUGCUGUCCGGGAGUUGGCGUCGCUCCGUGGGGCACCAGCAGCCCGCUGCAGCUCCUGUGAUGGCCACCAGGGGGAUGACGGUGUGCGGCGUGCCCACCGGCACGGUGGUCCUCGAGGCCCAGUACGACUACAACUACCGAGGAGCCGACGGCCGGCAGGUUUGCAUCAGAGAGGGAGAACGGUUUGUCCUGCUGAAGAAGACCAAUGCUGACUGGUGGCAGGUACGGCGGAUCGGCGCGGCCAGCAAGACGAAGCCGCUGUACGUUCCUGCCACGUACGUGACGGAGGUGCCUAUCGCGCCGAUGCCCUCGCCGCAGCGCCUGGUCAUGUCCACGUCGCUCAACUCCAACCUCAGGAUACUGCCCCGGGUGUCGCUCUCCCCCAGCCCGGCAGGGACCGUCUCCAGCCAGCAGCACCAAGCAAAUAAACUCAUCUAUCGCUCCAUGGAAAACCUCAACUCCAGCAGUGCCUUGCGGGGUCCGGACGGCAGCAGGGAGGGAGGCCGCUCUCUGCCCCUCUCCGGAUUCUCCUUCACCCCCAACUCGCCCGGCUCCCCCUCCGGCCACCUCACGGUCCCCGCGCCCCAGCGGGCGGUGCCCAUGAUCACCCGGAGCCAGAGCUCCAGCAACCUGCCGGAGAACGUGAUGGAGAACCCGUACGACGAGGUGGGCGGCGGCUUCGGCGCCCGUGGCAACCACAGAGUCCCGAAGAAGUCCUGCAGCCAGUGGGACGUGGUGGGCGCUUCGGGAAAGAACAACCACCUGCAGGUCCCUACAGAGUCCUACCUGUCGCAGCUGUCUUGGCAGGACUCGCCUCUCUACACUCCGGAGAAGCGUCAGUCUCAGCUGGAGCCGCCCAGCCCCGCUCCGGGUCAGCAGCCUCUGCAGGUCAUGGACCUGUGGGAGCAGUACUCCGACCCCGCCUCCGGGAGAUGCUACUACGUCAACAGCAUUACCAAGGAGAGGUCCUGGAAGCCCCCCCGACGAGCCCGCCGCCAAGCCGCCGACAGGGUCAGUGCAGUGCAACCACAAACGUUACCCAGAGACACCAGCCACCUAUCACUACCACUUUCUGGAGCUGGCAAUGGGACCGUGCACCGGUUGUCGCCUGAUUUUCUCUUCGGGAGCCACCAGAGGAAUACCGACGACGGCUGGCAGAUGAAACAGAGCAUGCAGCGCGCCGUCUCCUCCGACACCCUGAGCACCAUGGCGUUCAGUCACACCGGCUCCCAGAGCUGUAACGCCGCACACGUGCAUGACGCCAAGCAGCAGCUCAGCCACUCGCAGUCCAUGAUCCUGCCUGACAAUGGCAAGCUGGUCCAGCCGCGCACGGAUUACUCCUGCAAUGUGACCAACAUCGUCGUGGAGCCUCCGUCUCCUGAAAGCUCUCCAGACAGCGACGGCUGCACGCCGGAGCUGGAGAAAGCAGGUCUGUUGAACAAGACCAAAAUCGCAGAAGGAGGCAAGAAACUGAGGAAGAACUGGAGUCCCUCCUGGGUGGUGUUGGUGGGGAACAGUCUGGUUUUCUUCAAGGACCCUAAAUCACAGACACCCUCCAGCUGGAAACCAGGAAACAGUCGACCUGAGAGCAGCGUGGAUUUAAGAGGAGCAAAGCUGCACUGGACCAACGAGCUGUCCAGCAAGAAGAACGUCUUUAAGCUGAGGACGGUGACAGGCAAUGAAUUCCUGCUGCAGUCGGAGACAGACUCCCUCAUCAGAGAGUGGUACACCACCAUCCAGAACGUCAUCGACAGGCUGGACCGCGAAAACCCUCUGGACAACGUCCUCCUGUACUCUCUGAGGAGAGCGGGCAGCGUGGAGCUGCUGGACCACAGCGAUGACGACGAGAGACGAACAUCCCUCCCUCGCUCGUCGUCCAACCUGGAAAACACGGAGAGGAAGAGAGUGAAGACCCGGCUGAAGAAGCUGAUCUUGAAGAGACCUCCUCUGCAGGCCCUGCAGGAGAAGGGCCUCAUUAAAGAUCAGGUGUUUGGCUGUCGUCUGGAGAUGCUCUGCGAGCGGGAGAAGAGCACCAUCCCUCGCUUCGUCAGACUUUGUACCGAGGCUGUGGAGAGGAGAGGACUGGAUGCUGACGGAAUCUACAGAGUGUCUGGAAACCUGGCAGUGAUCCAGAAGCUACGGUUUCUGGUGAACCACGAGCGAGCGGUGACUACUGACGGCCGCUACAUGUUCCCGGCGGAGUUGGUACAAGAGGAGAAGCUGAAUUUGGACGAGAGCGAGUGGGAGGACAUCCAUGUCAUCACGGGAGCUUUGAAACUUUUUUUCCGCGAGCUCCCCGAGCCCCUGGUGCCCUUCGGUUUCUUCACCGACAUCGUGGAGACGAUCAAGAUGUCAGACUACAUGGAUAAAGUGGAUCGCCUGAAGUGUCUGGUGCUGAACAUGCCUCCUCCGAACCACGACACGCUGCAGUUCAUGUGUCGCCACCUCCGACGGGUGUUGGAGCAUUCAGACACCAACCGAAUGACCACCCAAAACAUCGGCAUCGUGUUCGGGCCCACGCUGAUGCGCCCGGAGCGCGACAACGGCAACAUGGCCGUGAACAUGGUAUACCAGAACCAGGCGGUGGAGCUCAUCCUCAGCGAGUUCGAGCACAUCUUCGGGACGAGGGGCGCCUCCUGAUCGGGCGGAGGUGGCAGCUCCAGAUCCCCGCCAAAGCACAAGUAUUGCAGCGUCCGUCCUCUCCGCCUGUUGACUCAUAUUGUGUAAAAUGGAUUUCACAUCAAAAGAUAAUUACAGGGGCGAAAAGAGCCAGGACAGAAAGCUGCUAAUCACGACAUCUGGCCUCCAUAUAAAGCCAUGUUAAAACAAUAAUAGUAAAACCAGCCAAUUUUAGCUGCAGUACUUGUGCCUUCGACUGCAGAUGUGGAGCCCUGCCCCGGUGUGCUGCAACAGACGCCUCCCUGUCGCUUCUCCUCCACGUUUCAGACUCCAUCAGGACAAAUAAAAAGCCAUAAAAGUGAUGCAUCUCGUCCUGCCUGAGCAGCAAGCUGUGUUCAGGUGUUGAUCAAGAACUGUGAGGAGGGUCAUGUCUUAACGGAAACAAACAAAACAAAACAAAACAAAAAAAAACUUAGCAGAACCAUCUCACUGUGAAAAACACACGCACCAGCACCCUGUGCUGCGAGGACGGACGGUUCCCACCUGCAGCGCUGCUGAUGCGGCAGGCUUUUAAAUGAAGAAGGAAGCAAAGGUGGGUGUGCAAAUGUGGCCACAUCGCCUCUGACAAACGGAGACUUCUGGGGUUUAUUUCAGAGAACUCUUUCAAGCAUGAUCUCAGUGACGGGACAGCUGUGCCAACCGGGCAGCGAAACCUUCCUUUGUACCAAAUAGUCCUUUGUGGUGUGUCGACCCUCAGAGCUUCCCUGAACGGACAAAGUUGAACCUGUCUUCUAUUUUUUAAUAACAGUGCAAACUCUUCUUAAGUUAAAAGAUAUUGACAUGUAAAUAUAUGUGUGGCCUGAAGCCAAAUUCAAACUGAUACAGGAGCUCUCCAACAAGCUGGAGCCCGAUCGCCGACUCUCCUGCAAUAAAAACCCGUCAACAGGCUGAUCUGCUCCACGAUGCGUCCCAGUGUUUUUUUUUUUGGAACCACCAACGGGUUUGCGUGAGAGAUAAUGGAAGCGUGUGGAGGUAUGUGGACCUCGGAGAGUCGGCGGGCGGAGGCAUCCCCAGUGAUUGGUGCAAAUGCUGCUUUUAAUAACAGAACAAAAGGGGAACUGGAAAUGCAUAUGUUUUAAAAAUGUGGAUUUCCCCCCCCCCCCCCCCCCCCCCCCCCGAAACCCUCUCACUCUCUCACUCUGCGGCUUGGGUAAUUUUAUAUUGACUGUGGGUUUGGCAGAAGACAAAAAAGAGUAGAAAAGAGGCACUGCUGGUGUGGCGGAGGGGGGGAGGUCGUGGAUUCUGCAGAGUUUUAUUAGAUGUAUUUAUUCAUUUUUAUGUUUGUAUUAUUUCAAGCCAUGUCACCUUGUUGGGAGGCGCCCAGCUUAUGCGGCGCUGAUUGACGAGACCUUGUAAGCAUUUCCAAGGACGUCUUUGAAUUUGAAAUUACACAAAACCAGGCUUGUUUUUUUGACCCAGUUGCAUGUGUGCGGAGUCAUCCGUGACUUUGACUCCAGCUAAUAUCGCAGAACGUCUCUCCCUUCGACUCCGGCGUCAGAGGUUCCUCAUCUAGUGAUUAUGAAAUCGUUGAUGAUUCCAGUAUUUCAUGAAAGAGUUCUGCCGUUUUGUUUUGUUGUCACUCAGUAGCAUUAAACUGCUGUCGGACUGAGCUCUGUCACGUGUGUUAUUUCAUGUUGGCGUGACGGUGAUAUUCGCACACCGAAAUUACAUCGGCUCCUCAGACAAUCGGCGGCCCUCCUCACCCCCACCCUCCCCCAGCGACUAUCAGAUCUUCACUCUCACACCUCCUUUCAGAUGAAUUUACCACAAAGCAGAAGACAAACUGUCCCCUGUUCUUGCUACUUUGAAUGCGGACGACCUUAAGUUUAAAAAAGUAUACGUACAGCACGGUUUUGACACGUGGACUGAUGAAAUGUAACAACAGAAAAACGAUUUCAAAACCAUUUUGACAUCUGUGGCUGAUUAUUUUGUUUGUUGCAUCACCGAGGCAUUUAUUAAAACGGUGGUAAGUCCUGA